GGUGCGACCCGAACCGGAGUCCGGGAACGCGAACAAGAGGAAGGGAGAGCGGCAGAAGAGGCUGCGUGAUGCCGAUCGCUAUGGGGCUGGAGGCGACCCGGGAGCUGGAGUGCGCCGCGCUGGGAGCGCUGCUGCGGGAGCCGCGGGAGGCCGAGCGCACGCUGCUGCUGGACUGCCGCCCCUUCCUGGCUUUCUGCCGCUGCCACGUGCGCGCGGCGCGCCCGGUGCCCUGGAGCGCUCUGCUGCGGCGCCGCGCGCGCGCCUCGCCCGCCGCCGCCCUCGCCUGCCUGCUGCCCGACCGCGCGCUGCGGGCGCGCCUGGCCCGCGGGGACCUGGCGCGCGCCGUGGUGCUGGAUGAGGGCAGCGCGUCGGUGGCGGAACUGUCUCCCGACAGCCUGGCCCAGGUGCUUUUGGGUGCGCUGCUACACGAGACCCACGCCGGGCCCACUACCGUGUGCUUCCUGAGAGGAGGCUUCCAUAGCUUCCAGGAGUGUUGUCCUGACCUGUGCUCCGAAGGCCCUGUCCAGACGAUGCCCCCUGCAGGGCCUGAAAACAGUAACACCGACACUCGGGUGCCCAUCUAUGACCAGGGUGGCCCUGUGGAGAUCUUGCCGUACCUGUUCUUGGGCAGCUGCAGCCACUCCUCUGACCUGCAGGGGCUGCAGGCCCGUGGCAUCACAGCUGUCCUCAACGUCUCUGCCAGCUGCCCCAACCACUUUGAGGGUCUCUUCCGCUACAAGAGCAUCCCUGUGGAGGAUAACCAGAUGGUGGAGAUCAGUGCCUGGUUCCAGGAGGCCAUUGGCUUCAUUGACUCAGUGAAGAACAGUGGAGGCCGGGUGCUGGUGCACUGCCAGGCGGGCAUCUCACGCUCAGCUACCAUCUGCCUAGCAUACCUGAUACAGAGCCAUCGGGUACGGCUGGAUGAGGCCUUUGACUUUGUGAAGCAACGCCGGGGAGUCAUCUCCCCCAACUUCAGUUUCAUGGGUCAGCUGCUGCAGUUUGAGACCCAAGUGCUGUGUCACUGAGGCAGAGGCCCUCUUCCUACCCUGCUGUUGGCUCCUGCUGAUUUCUAGGGGGAGCUGACUGGACAGGCGGGGUCCUCUCUGGUCCGUUGCAUCCCCCUCACUUGGAGAAGGAUGCUGGACUUUCUGAUCUGGUGCUCUUUGGCUAGGGGUUUAAGGGCAGGCCCUUAUUUAGGAGACAAGGAUGAGGCAUGUCUGCUCUCUCCUCUUCUCUCCUCUGGCAGAAAUGGACUUGACUACACCCACGGGCUCCCUGUGGUCCUAUCACCAUUGAACCCUUGGCAGCUUGAAAGCCCCAAGAAGCAAGUUGUGGCAACCAGAAGCCCUGGCUAGGGGUGGCUUGGGCCUGGAACCUGAGCCUGGUGCUCCUGGAGGAGCUGGGAACAAAAGACAUGAUAUGUGUGUCAUGUUAUGAAUUUCUUGCUUGCAUGAGUAUAUGUGAGUGCCUGUCACCACUAUCGUCAUUUGGAAGUUAUUUGUGUUCAACUGACAUUUAACACUCCCUCCCCACUUCCUCCCAGCCCUGCAGGCGGGGGUUUGGAAACUUAGCACUUUAUAUUUAUACAGAACAUUGAGGAUGUGUCAAUAAAAUAUUGUUUUGUU